CACAAUUCACGAAUAUCAAGUAAUUACUGAAUAUUGAAUACUGCAGUAAAUUUACCAGAAAACAUGAAGCUAUUUAUCACUUUUUGCCUCGCUCUGUUGGCCGCCACAGCUACAGCCUUGCCACAAUGUACUCCCAACGAGACAGACGGUUACGAGAACUGUAAACACGUUUACCAGGUGAACGGAAGCGGAUCCGACCUUCUGUAUUGUGAAUCCAAAGAGGAUUGCCUGAUGGUCUUCCCCCCGUGGACCCCAUCGGAUUCCGAAGAUGCCAGCAACGAGGACGAUGAUGACGAUGAUGACGACGACGACGACACAGUUGAACAAAAUAUCUCCGCGAUCGAAGAGGCCAUUGUAUCUGCCGCUCCUUCCGCCAGUGUUGUAGCCAGUGCCGUGGUUGCUUCCUCCUUCCUGGCUGCUGUCAUGUGCUAAAUUUCCUAGAUAGAGAGAGAAGGUGAAUUCGUUGCCUACAAUGUUGAAGAAUAUCAUGAAGGACACGGAGCACUUUUGUUCGGAACCAAUGAAUACCAGCAGAAAGGGCCGAGGUAGAGUGAUCUUCUUGGAGGCGCUCUGUUGUGCUGGAAAUACCAUUGGACAAGGAAUCGCAUUUGAGUCAAGGCAACGCCGAUAAAAAUGAGAAUUCAGUUCAGGACGCACAGGAUGUUGGGUGUUUGUCUUCAAAACGCUAGAAAGGAUCGAAGCAAUGAAUUGCUAUUCGACGAAAGCAUUAGCACAAACUAGAAAUUAUAGACGGGGAAAAUUGUUUUGGUUGUUUCCUUUUUUGUUGGGUCUAAUACAUAAUGUAUAAUAAUAAGUAAUCAUGAAC